GCACCUCAGACAUCCAGUCACUUACCAGAGCAUACCGGCACCUGAGAAGGCACUGAAAAUGUCCGGGAUUGUAACUAAGCUACAGCACAACCGAGACAAAUUGCAAGGCAUUGGAACCAACUCUCAUGCAGUGCCAUACUUAAACCAGGACUAUGAGUCCCUGAAGCGAAGCUGUCUUGAGAGAAGACGCCUAUUUGAGGAUGAAAGCUUUGAGCCGCUUCCAGCAUCUUUGGGCUUCAAUGACCUUGGACCCGGUUCCUAUAAAGUUCGAGGCAUCAAGUGGUUGAGACCAACGGAGAUUGUCUCCAAUCCACAAUUUAUUCUGAAAGACGCUACCAGGACGGAUAUUUGUCAGGGAGCACUUGGUGACUGCUGGCUCCUGGCGGCUAUUGCCUCCUUGACACUCAACAAGCAGAUUUUGUCCCGCGUUGUACCACAUGACCAAAGUUUUGAAGAGGACUAUGCUGGAAUCUUUCAUUUUGAGUUCUGGCAGUUUGGCGACUGGGUGGAUGUGGUGGUUGAUGACCGCUUGCCCACUAGAGAUGGAGAACUGCUGUUUGUCCACUCAGAAGAAGGAUCUGAGUUUUGGAGUGCCCUGCUGGAGAAGGCCUACGCCAAGUUAAAUGGAUGCUACGAGGCUCUUGCUGGAGGAAGUACCACUGAAGGUUUCGAAGACUUCACUGGAGGCAUUGCUGAGAGACAUGAACUUUCCAACCACGAUCCUCACCUCUUCAAUAUCAUAAGGAAGGCCCUGGACAGAGGCUCCCUUCUGGGAUGCUCAAUUGAUGUCAGUUUGAGCUUCUUGCUCCACUUGUAUUUACAUCGGUCACUAUCUGUUCCUAUUUUUUGCUUGCAUCUCUCUCCAUCUCAGAUCACCAGUGCAGCUGACUCUGAAGCCGUGACACACCGCAAGCUGGUGAAGGGCCACGCCUACUCUGUCACAGGAGCUGAGCAGGUGACUUACAGAGGAGGCACUGAAGAGCUGAUCAGAAUCAGAAAUCCAUGGGGUCAGGUGGAGUGGAAUGGAGCCUGGAGUGACAAUUCCUCUGAGUGGAGAUAUGUGAGUGACGAUGACCGCCAGAGGCUGACCAACCGCAGUGAAGAUGGGGAGUUCUGGAUGUCAUUUUCUGACUUCCUGCAAGAGUAUUCCCGUCUGGAGAUCUGCAACCUCACACCUGAUGCCCUCACAUCGGAAUACAGGAAGUGGGCGGAGACAGAGUUUGAAGAAACGUGGAGAAUCGGUGUUUCUGCCGGUGGCUGCAGAAACUAUCCAAAUACCUUCUGGACAAAUCCUCAAUUUGUCAUAAAACUGGACAAAGUGGAUGAUGAACCCUAUAAUGGAGAGGACGGCUGCACAUUCAUUGUGGGACUGAUGCAGAAGAACAAGCGUCGCAGAAGAAAGAUGGGGGAGGACAUGGAGACUAUUGGCUUCCUUGUCUAUGAGCUGCCUGAGGAGUACUAUGGCACCAGGCAAGUGCACCUGAAGAAAAAUUUCUUCUUGAGUAACCGCUCAGCUGCACGCUCUGAAACCUUCAUCAAUCUCCGAGAGGUGUCCAGCCGUCACCAUCUGCCCCCUGGGGAGUACCUCAUCAUUGCCUCCACCUUUGAACCCAACAAGAAUGGAGACUUUUAUAUACGGGUGUUCUCUGAGAAACCGGCGGAAUUUCAAGAGAUUGAUGAUUCAAUUGACUGCCAUGUUGAACAGAUGGACAUCGAUGAAAGCGAUAUUGAUGACAGAUUCAAGUCACUGUUUGGACAACUUGCCGGACAUGAUGUGGAGAUUUCUGCAUUUGAGCUGCAGAGAAUCCUCAACAAAGUGGUGGGAAAGCGAAGUGACAUCAAAACCGACGGAUUCAGCCUGACCACGUGCCGCAACAUGGUCAAUCUGCUUGACAAAGAUGGAAGUGGCAAGCUAGGCCUGGUGGAGUUUAAGAUUCUGUGGACCAAGAUUGAAAUGUUUUUGGACAUUUACAGAGAAAAAGAUGCAGACAAUAGUGGCUGCAUGAGUUCUUCUGAGAUGCGGUCAGCAGUAGAAGUCGCUGGCUUCUCACUCAACAACCCGCUGCACCAGAUCAUUGUGGCGCGCUACAGAGAACCAAGCUACACCAUUGACUUUGACAACUUUGUGUGCUGCCUAAUCCGUUUAGAGUCACUUUUCAAUGCAUUCAAGACCAUGGACAAUGGUUCUGGUGUGAUAGAGUUGAAUUACAUGGAGUGGCUGAAACUGUCCAUGCUGUAGAGAAGGGGCUCAGGCUGUUUUAAAACAAGGAAAAAAAAUUUUUUAUAAAAGAACCAACACUUAAAGGGAAGUUUGCAGUUUAAAAAACAACACUGGCAAGAUUUGAAUGUAGCCUCACUUCACUAAUAUCUGCCCUCACCCCUCAAGUCUCUGACCAAACCCAUGCAGCUCACUUACGUGCAUGAGCGUGAUUCUCAAACUUGGCUAUUCAUAAUGGGAUGCAAUGAUGAAAGCGCACAGUUGUGAUAAAUGGUCACAGGGAAUGAUGUCCAUCUUCAACAGAAUAGCAGCACUGGCAAUACUAAAUUAGCAUUUGCACCAUAAACAAGCAGACAUUAGCCACGGUUGCUACAUUGGUAGCAUGACCUAAUUGCAACAGAGUGUUAUUAUAACAGUAUGUUAUGUUUGAAGUUUUAUUUUUGCAGGUGUGUGCUGGUGACCGGAGUGUAUCAGAAAGUGCUUGGCAAAUGAUUGACACCUCGUCGGUCACACCUGCCGUCUAUUAUUGGUUGUUUUUCCUCAGGCAUGGUGGUUUCUUCAAAAUCUAAUUUGAGGUACCAGAUGGCACCAGAGGGCAAAUUUUUUUAAACAGAUAAUUUUACUAAUAUACUACUCAUAGGUUUGUACUGACAGUUUUAACAAAUUUGACAAAGUUUGAACAAAUACGUUUUCAUCCAUCCAUUUUCUGUACCGCUUAUCCUCACUAGGGUGGUGGGCGUGCUGGAGUCUAUCCCAGCUAUCUUUGGCCAGGAGGCAGGGUACACCCUGAACCGGUCACCAGCCAAUCACAGGGCACAUAAAAACAAACAACCAUUUGCACGCACAUUCACACCUACAGGCAAUUUAAAGUCUUCAAUCAACAUACCACGCAUGUUUUUGGAAUUUGGGAGGAAACCGGAGUACCUACGCAGGCACGGGGAGAACAUGUAAACCCCACACAGGGAGGGGACUCAGAACUGUGAGGCAGAUGUGCUAACCAGUCGUCCACCGUGCGGCAAAAUAAGUUUUCAGGUGUUUUUUUGUUUUUUAAACUUCAAACAUUCUCUUUAAAUGAAUAUAUGCUUUGAUUUGCAUGCAUUGUCCUUUGGUUAUGAUGUGAAAAUUAAUUAUUGGAUUAGAGAGAACAUGAUUUAUUAUUCUACAAAAUACUAUUCUACCACAAAUAUGAUUCUGUUUGUUCAAUAAAGCUUCUUUUUUGUUGUUGUUGAAA